AUGGAAAAUCAAACCGCCAUCACUGAAAUCCUCCUACUUGGCUUUGGAGAUUUUCAGCCUAUGCAGGUUUUUCUGUUCCUGCUGUUCUUAUUUAUCUACAUCAUGACUGCUGUUGGAAACAUCCUCAUCAUUGUUCUUGUUGCAGCUAAUCAGCAUCUUCACACUCCUAUGUAUUUCUUUGAAGGAAACUUGUCCUGUCUGGAAACCUGCUACAGUUCAACUCUCCUGCCCAGGAUGCUGGCCAGUUUCCUGAGUAGUAACAGAACAAUUUCUGUUAGUGGCUGCAUAGCACAGUUUUAUUUCUUUGGUUGCUUGGCAGGUACUGAAUGUUUCCUCUUAUCAGUGAUGUCUUAUGAUCGGUAUUCAGCAAUAUGCAAUCCACUGCGUUAUGCAGCCAUCAUGAACAACAAGGUGUGCUUUAUUUUAGCUACUGGUUCUUGGCUAGGUGGUUUUGCAGUGAACACUAUCAUUGUAUCCUUCAUGUCCAAGUUAACAUUCUGCAGGCCAAAUGCAAUUGACCAUUUCUUUUGUGAUUUUGCUCCACUCAUUGAACUCUCAUGUAGUGAUACCCACUUGGUUACAUUAGUUGAUUUCAUAUUCUCUACUAUCUGUGCGUUCCCCCCAUUCCUUUUAACUCUGGCUUCCUACAUUUGCAUCAUCACGACCAUUUUGAAGAUCCCAUUUACCUCUGGGAAACAAAAGGCAUUUUCUACUUGCUCCUCUCAUUUGGUUGUGGUUACAUCUUUCUUUGGAACUCUGAUCCUGGUCUAUGUUGUGCCAUCCUCACACUCAGUAAUAGAUGCUAAGAAGAUGUUCUCUCUGUCUUCUACACAGUCUUGA